AUGAUGAUGUCUUUACAGCCAAGUAGUAAACACAGCAUAGAUGAGCAUAGCGAAUCCAAUUCGAAACGGAUACGAAUAGACUCGUCUGACAAGACAUCAUUUUCUGACAAAAUGAUCAAAUCCUACAUCAAAUCUAUCAUAGACUCCUUAGACAAUGAGGAGAGUUUGGAUAAAAUGGAUAAACUGAUAUACAAACUCUCGUUGCCCCUAUCGCAUCCGGAAAGCUUACAGACUGACCAGUUAACUGCCAUAUUUAGUAUCCUAAGCAGUGAAAUUGGGAAAAUAGAUACCCGCAAAUGUCAUGGUUUAAUUCAAGGUCUCCUUAACGUCGAGACUAAGGAUUCAGACUUAAGUACAACAUAUUGCAAGUUCCUUUGUGUUCUAGUUUCUGCCUCACCUAAGUGGGUGGUAGAGAUUGUUUCUAAGCUGGUGUCUCGUUUUGUGGAAGGCAAUGUUAAGCUACUUCAUGACACUCUUAAGUAUAUUAUUUCCGUGGUGCCUACAUCGACCAACAUCAUCCAGAAACAGCUCGCCAAGAAGUUCCCUAAUAGAAACGACAAGAAAAAGUAUCUGGUUCACUACGUUGAGAAUUUGCUUUACGUCAGUGAGUAUUGUCCCCAGUUGGGCUUGAGUUGCUGGAGUUUGAUUGUGGAAAACUGUAUCAAAUUAGACGUCGAACUACAGAAUGAAAUAGAAGAAGCUGAUGACGAAGAUUUAGAGGCUAUGGAGGGCACGGAAGAUGGUGAUGACAACGAAAAUGAUUCCGAUAGUGCAAGUGAAGAUGACGAUUCCGAUGACGAUGAAGACGAUGCAGAUGACUUCGAUGAAAGUGUUGCUCUAGAUGAAGGCCCAGAGGCUAUUGACGUAGCGGAUCUUUCAGCUAAAUUAGAUUCCAUCAUGAUGAUCUUGAUGAAGACAACAGAUUCAUACUUUGUAUCUUCUGAUGAUAAACCACUAAUCACGUUCAACAAUCUCAUAUCAAUGUUCAGAACUCAUAUUUUACCUACGCACUACACCAGAGUUGUUCAGUAUCUUCUAUUUCAUGUCACACAAUACCAAUCUGAACUGAUGGACUCAUUUUUAGUCACACUGAUAGAUGUGGCUUUUCAGCCCAAGGAAAUGGUUUCCAAGAGAAUCAAGUCCAUGCAAUAUCUUGCCUCAUAUAUGGCAAGAGCUAAGAACGUGUCGAAAUCUCAGAUUGUGUUCAUUAUCAGCUAUUUAAUCUCCUGGAUAGAGAAAUACAUCCACGAAAGAGAAGAAGAAAUCAAUGAUGGUAGAGGAAUGGAUCGUUUCAAAAUGUUCUACUCUGUAUUUCAAUCAGUACUCUACAUAUUUUGCUUCCGCUAUUCGUCUUUAAAGACUGAUGCAAACACAUGGGAAUGCAACCUGGACAAGUUUUUCCAGAGGGUCAUAAUGUCCAAGUUUAACCCGCUCAAGUUUUGCAAUGACAACGUUGUUUUGAUCUUUGCCCGCAUAUCCCAAGAACAGGAUAUCUGCUAUUGUUAUUCCAUCAUUGAAUCUAAUAAGUGCGAGCGUCGAAAAGGUCUAACCGGUUCCACUUCAUCAACCAACCCAACGACAGGUUCAGGAAUUUCAUGGGAUCUCACAUCAAAACAGGAGUUUUCGGACCUAGCGGCCUAUUUUCCAUUUGAUCCUUUAUUUCUGAGACGAACAGCCAAGUUUAUCAGUCCCAACUACAUUGAAUGGGAUAAUCAUGACGAGAGUGACAGUGAUUAUUAG